AACAGGAAGUCAAGAGGCUCAGAGCACUCAUAGCUCCAGCAGAUUGAAUCGAUUCCCUUCUUCUUCUUCUUCCUCCUUCCAAUCGGACCUGAACUUGAAAUCAGUCGCUCGAAGCUCACUGCAAUCCCAGAAGUUCCAUCUGGGCUUCAGCUUCCUCUCAGUGCUUUAUGCAUUUUCGGUGACUGAAGAGGCUGCUGCUGCUGAAACAUGGCGACAGCAAUGGCUUCUGCCCACUUGAACUGCGCCGCCUCCUUCCCCUCAUCUAAUUCAUCUAGAAAAUGGAGUCUCAGACAAUUGAGGAACCACGGGUCGUGCUCCGUUCACCGGAAUUUUCAUUCCCGGGGGAGCCCCUUAAUCAGGGCUAUGGUGUCUGACUCAAGAAUCGGCAGACAAGUAGAGGUGGUGUAUGAUCCUGACGAGAGGUUGAACAAGUUGGCUGAUGAAGUAGACGAGAAUGCUCCUCUUUCAAGGCUCACCCUUUUCUCGCCUUGCAAGGUGAAUGUUUUCUUGAGGAUAACCGGGAAGAGAGCAGAUGGGUACCAUGACCUUGCAUCCCUCUUCCAUGUGAUAAGUCUAGGAGACAUAAUCAAGUUCUCUCUGUCCCCGUCCAAAACGAAGGAUCGACUCUCAACUAAUGUGUCCGGUGUCCCUCUUGGUGAUAUGAACUUGAUUAUCAAAGCGCUUAACCUUUACCGGAAGAAGACGGGUUCCGACCAAUUCUUUUGGAUCCAUCUCGAUAAAAAGGUGCCCUCUGGGGCAGGACUUGGAGGUGGAAGUAGUAAUGCUGCCACUGCCCUAUGGGCUGCAAAUCAAUUUAACGGGGGUCUUGCUACUGAAAAGGAGCUUCAAGAGUGGUCUAGCGAAAUCGGUUCAGAUAUUCCCUUCUUUUUCUCCCAUGGAGCUGCUUAUUGUACUGGGCGAGGUGAGGUUGUUCAAGAUAUUCCUCCUCCGAUACCUUUGGACCUUCCAAUGGUUCUAAUAAAGCCUCCACAGGCAUGUUCUACUGCUGAAGUUUACAAGCGGCUUCGGUUGGAUCAAACCAGUAAGGUUGAUCCUAUAGCUUUGUUGGAUAAGCUUUCAAGCAGCGGAAUAUCGCAAGAUGUGUGCAUCAAUGAUCUAGAGCCUCCAGCGUUUGAGGUUCUACCAUCUCUAAAAAAGUUAAAGCAACGUGUAAUGGCUGCAGGACGUGGUCAGUAUGAUGCCGUUUUCAUGUCAGGAAGUGGAAGCACAAUUGUUGGGAUCGGCUAUCCAGACCCUCCUCAAUUUGUCUAUGAUGAUGAUGAAUACCAUGAUGUAUUUUUGUCAGAAGCAAACUUCAUGACCCGGGAAUCUAAUCAAUGGUACCGAGAACCUGCCUCGUCGAACACUUGUGUUUCACACUCUGAUUCUUCUGAGGAUGUUCAAUGAUGGGCGGCAUUUCGAUUGAAAUGUACAAAACUUAUCUAAAGCAGCAGACCUCCCUAUGUCAGAGGCUUGUGGGACACUGAUUCCAGAGGUGUAAGAAAAGAAAGGAUGAGGGGAUGCUCGAUAAUGACCAAAGGAACUUUACUGCGACGAAUGUGCUUGAAACAUGUCCGAUCAGCAUACCUGAAGAAUUAUCGAGUUUUAAUAAACUUAUCAAAUUACAGUAAUUGUAGCGAAAUUUCAGACAUCGUUUCUACCUCUCCAUGUCAGUUUUAGUUUUACGCA